AUGUGCAAAAAGCUCAUGAACAAAGCUGCUUCCAUAUCUUUUCACAGAGAAGGGAAGAAGAGCCCACCUGCUGAGGACAAAGUCGUGUUAACACAUAUGAAGAUACUGAGUAAUGAAGGAAUUCAAAACCCAGGGUUAAUCCAAGAGGCUUCAGCUGACACCGCCUGCACAGAAGAGUCCCGUCUCCCCAGCACCAGCCUCCCAUCCGACUGCCAGGGAAAUCCAAAUGCAGCAGCUGCACUGGCAGAUCCAGACUAUGCAGAUGCCCCAGCAAGCACAGACUAUGUAGCCACGCUGCCUGACCUCAGCACCUUUGAGUCCAAGUGCCGACUUCACAGAUUCUCCAAAUUUGAAUCUGAGGACUCAGGGGUUGAAUUGCCGAGUGGGGCUAAUUCUCCAUCAACACCAACAGGUUCAGAGAAGAGCUUUGUGCUUCACAGCAGAGACUCAUUUUGUGACUCGGGUGUGCUUAGCACCUCUUCUUCUCCAGAAAUUGACCAUCUGAUAAUGAGAACAUGUAAAGAGCAUGCCAGAAACGACAGCCACCAAGCUCCAGAGAGUGAAAAGCAAGCUGAGUACUACAAUCAGGAUGCAGAUGCUGUGCAGGAUCAUACAGCUUCCCUUGAAGACUUCAGUGUCCCCCAGGAAGAAAGUCCCAAUGACCAUUUUGACCAAAGCAAAAGGCAGUCUCUGGAAAAGAAACCUACCUCAGAGAUGGACCUUCCCAGGGAAAGCACUCUUCCCACCCCCACUCCCAUAGAAGAGCCAAAGACAGUUGCUGACAAUUUCCCAGAGAACUUUGGUAGCAUGCAAGACCUUCAGAUCCAUGAACAGCAGCUGAAGAAGUACCCCACAAGUGACAGUCUGGAUGAAUACAUGGAUGAAUGCUGUAGACUGAGUGAGGUGAACCAAGGUAACAGCAAAGUCCUGGGAUCUGGUCUGGGAUACCUGGAACACAUUUGCCAACUGAUUGAGAAGAUUGGGCAGCUGCAGGAGCACAACCUGCGUCUCCAAAAGCAAGUGUGCAGCUUGCAGAAAGAGCAGAAGAUGAGCCAGAUAAAAGAGGAGUACUUUCUGCAGCAUUGCUGCUGUGGAGCUGCCAGUGUCUUCCUCAACUCGUACCAAGAUGUGAAGACGUUUUUUGCUGGAAGGAGCAGACCUCAUAGCCUCUUGGUUCAGACUGGAAACCCUUCUGAUCUUUCCAUCAUCCCAGAAAUAGGAGUGAACACUGAAAAGCUGAGCAGCUGCAAUGGAAGAGAGAGAUACCCGGAUUCAGGAAACAGCCAGCCAAUGAUGGUGGGGCUGAGGAAGUCAUUAAAUAAUAGGAACAAAGAGAAUGAGUUCAGAGAAGCUGGUAGCAUGGCUGAGGGACAGGCUUUUCCGUCCAAGGACCCUGCAGUAAGAAAGGGCCUGGAUGUCAACAAGAACAUCUCGGGUGAGAGCCAUGCUUUGGGAAGAAUGAAAGAUCUUAUGAGGAAAACAUGGCUGAGAAACCAGAACAAGCUGGGACUGUCCUCUGCUGCUCUGAAGAGGUCUUGCCCACAGUUGUACAG